GGAUGCUGUAAACAUAGUUACCCGGACAAACUUACUAAUCAUAAAGUUAAGAUGACAAAUUAAAGGGCACCAAUAGCUAACUAAUAGAAAGACUGCUUCAUUUUGUACUAGACCCAGCUGUCCUCUUUAAAAGACGUGAGCUGGUCAGACGAAACGCCGCGAAAAUAUCUAGCGCAAACCAUGGCGGUCGAAAUGAUGAGAGCAAUCGAUGUGAAAGACGGGAAAGGGAGUGCCGAUGCCUUAUUUAUCAAUAACAUACCGGUUCCUGAACCUGGGGAGGCCCAAGCAUUAGUCAGAAUCAAGGCUUUCGGACUGAACAGGAUGGAUAUAUUGCAGCGUGAGGGUAAAUACCCGGUACCACCCCAAGCGCCUAGUACCAUGGGUGUUGAGUUCUCCGGGACGAUUGAGAAGCUCGGCCAAAACCCCGAGGUUAGCUUCAAGCUUGGAGAUGAAGUGUUUGGGCUAGCUUACGGUGGUGCCUAUGCGGAAUACAUUACUGUUUCAACGCAUAUGUUAAUACACAAGCCCAUGGAGUUAUCGUGGGAGGAGGCAGCUGGGAUUCCUGAAACUUGGAUAACAGCUACUCAAGCCCUAUACUUGAUAGGUGGAUAUAAACCAGGGGAUUCGGUUCUCUGGCAUGCAGGCGCUUCAUCUGUCUCCAUAGCUGGCAUUCAGCUCGCUAAAAGUGACGGCGCAUCUGCCGUGUUCGUGACCGUAGGUUCCCAGGAGAAGAUCGACUUUUGUCUUGAUAAGCUGGGUGUCACUGCCGGAUACAAUUAUAGAACCCAGGAUUGGGCAUCUGAACUAUUAAAGGCAACAGAUGAUCGGGGUGUUGACGUGAUCAUCGAUUUCGUGGGCGCAACACAUUUUCAAGGUAACCUGAAUGUUGCCGCUCAGGAUGCGCGUAUAGUUCAGUUGGGACAAAUGAGUGGUUCAAUCCUCCCUGCAGGCGUCGAUAUCGGCAGCCUCCUGAGAAAGAGGGUAAGGUUGGAAGGUAGUACUCUCCGAAGCCGGGAUGAGGAAUACCAGAAGAAAUUGCGUGAUUUACUGGUCGAGCAUGCACUGCCAAAGUUCCGGGAUGGUACUUUUACAGUCUUCAUCGAGAAGGUUUUACCCUUUCAGGAUAUUGCAGAUGCCCAUAAAUUGCUAGAGAGCAACCGUACUAAGGGCAAAGUGAUCUGUACAAUUGACUAACUUUGUUCUACUGUCAUUAUAUAGGAAGGAAAUCAUACUUGCCUAGUACCUCAGGCACGUAUGUACCUUGUACAGUAGUAAUAGACAGAUACUUGAAAGGCUAAAUGGGCGUAAAAUCCACUUUAUGUCUAAUAUCUUCCCUGCCAUGCUCGACUUUCUGCUAUGUUAUCCCCUC